GAUAUGUAAAUAGUCAUUACAUAAAUAGAGAAAGAAAGAAGACUUUUCCAGAAUGUAUAAUAUGUAUUGAUUUUAUUAGGAUAAAGAGAAUAAAGAUAGAGAGAAAACAUGACAAAAGGGACAUAGUAUGGGUGUUCAAAUGUUAUGAUUGAUUAGAUCAAAUACUCCCAAUAACAAAUCACCAAACAAAAGCUCUCACUUUGUUUCAAAUCAUCACUACUAACAUGUUAGAAGUUACUCACUUUCACUAAACAUAAACAAUGAAAAGAAGACAAGUAUACACAACCAAUUUAUACUCACGAGUCUAAAAUAAUUAUAUACCAUUUUAACAUUUUUGCCUUCUUUUUCCAAAAGAAAUUCCAAAACUAAAUUGACCCAAUAAUUAUUAAAUAUUACUUUAAUUUGCAAACCAAAGUAAUCAAUACAUUGAUAAAAACAAUCUAUUAUAAAUAAACCCCGCAUUGAUUGUCACAAAAAAAAGAAAUUGAUUCAUCGAUCCCACUUUUAUUCUAUUCCCUCACAAAAGGGUCAAACCCCCAAACCCAAAACUCAUAACACAACACCAUGACCAACUACGGCACGAUUCCGACCUCAUCGUCGCCGUCGGCAAACCUCGAGUACAUUUCACGCGCCAAGGACCGAAUCAAAGCCGGACUCAGCACGCGCCGCCCAUGGAAAAUGUUGUACAACUUCCGGUCGUUCGGACUCCCCGCGAGCUUCAAGGAUGCGAUCGGCCGAGUCCGAACCAACGCCGCUUAUUUCCGGAUGAACUACGCGAUUGUGAUCCUGGUAAUUCUGUUCCUCAGCCUUCUCUGGCACCCGAUCUCGCUCAUCGUUUACAUCGUCAUGGCCGUCGUCUGGCUCUUCUUCUACUUUCUCCGCGACGAGCCGUUGGUGGUCUUGGGACACACCAUCGACGACCGCAUCGUGCUGGUUGUGCUCGCCGUGCUGACGAUCGGAAGCUUGCUAUUUACCAACGCCACGACGAACAUCCUGGUUUCGGUCCUCGUCGGCGCCGCCGUGGUUGUGGUCCACGCGGCGUUUAGGAAGACAGAUGACUUGUUCUUGGAUGAGGAAAACACUGGAUUGAUGACUACUACUGGUGUGGGUGCUGGAUCUUCUUCCUCUUAAUUCAUUCUCUUUUUUCUUAUUUUCUUAAUCUGUAAUUUUUAUCCUAGUAAUUAUUAUUAUGUAUUAUUGAUUUUUCUUUCUUUCUUUUCUUUUUUUUUUACCUUUAAUUACGUACGAUUUCCAGGAAUUUGAUUGGCUGUUAUUAUGUUUUACCGUUUUCUUCUCUAUUUUUUUUAAAUAAUAAUUUUUAAAAGAUUGAGGUCUCUAGACUCUA